AAUACAAUGAUUGGGGGAUACAAAAGCAGCCAGCUUGGACCGAGUCUAAACACAGAAGUUGCGUUUUGUAACAACAAACCGAGAGUCAAAGCGUCUCCACGACGCGUUUCUCACACUCCACCACCACUUCCUCCUCUCUUCACGUCUCUCCUUUCCUCGUAACUCUUCACUUCACUUUUCUUUUCCACGAAACACCUAUAUAAACCUCAAAAUCUGCACAUGUCAAAAUUAGAAAAAUAACAAAUCUAAAGACGAAGAAGAGACUUUGAAUCGAUAACGAUGAUCAAUCCUUCAGUGGUGGUUCGUGAGGUUUGGGCGGAUAAUCUAGAAUCUGAGUUCGAGCUCAUCAGCGGAAUCGUCGAAGACUAUCCGUUCAUCUCCAUGGAUACGGAGUUUCCCGGCGUGAUUUACAAGGCGGAUCUCCGCCGUCUAAACCCCGGUUACCUCUACAAGCUUCUCAAAUCCAACGUCGACGCUCUCAGCCUCAUCCAGGUCGGUCUCACUCUCUCCGACGCCGACGGAAACCUCCCCGAUCUCGGCGGCGGCGUCGGCGGGAGCCGAUUCAUCUGGGAGUUCAAUUUCCGCGACUUCGACGUGGACCGCGACCCCCACGCGCCGGACUCGAUCGAGCUCCUCCGCCGCCACGGGAUCGAUUUCGAGCGUAACCGCAGAGAAGGCGUCGAGUCGAGGAGGUUCGCGGAGCUGAUGGUGUCGUCGGGGCUGAUCUGCAACGAGUCGGUGAGCUGGGUGACGUUUCACAGCGCGUACGAUUUCGGUUACCUGGUGAAGAUCCUCACGCGCCGGGAGCUUCCGGGGUCGUUGGGGGAGUUUCUACGGCUGUUCAGGGCGUUUUUCGGGGAGAGAGUGUACGACGUGAAGCAUAUGAUGAGGUUUUGUGAGCGGAGGCUGUUUGGCGGUUUGGACCGGGUGGCUCGGUCGCUUGAGGUAAACCGGGAAGUUGGGAAAUGCCAUCAGGCCGGUUCGGAUAGCUUGCUGACGUGGCAGGCGUUUCGUAGGAUGAGGGAUUUGUAUUUUGUUGAGGAUGGGCCGGAGAAGCAUGCCGGGGUUUUGUACGGUUUAGAGGUUUUUUAAGAAGAGGGUUUUUGGGGUUUAUUAAACUAAUUAACUCAAUUUAAUCAAUUGCGGUUAAUUAUAUGGAGGGUUUAAUUAUACAGUAGAAAUUGAAAAUUAUUUUUAUUCAUA